UACAAGCCAAAGGGGUGGAAACAUCUGUCCCAACCUCAGUCUCCAUGACUUCUGCCUAUUGCUGGGUGUGGGGAGGCUCCCUGCCACCUAUAGGGGAACCUUCCUAGUGGCUGCUUGAUUGACUUAAUGGUAUGUUUCACUCAUGAGGCCUCAGUUCUUCCUUCUGGUCAUAGACGUGUGGUCAAUGGAACGUCUUGUCAGUUCAUACUCAAAAGCGAUUAUUAGGGAAGAGAGAGAGGGAGAAAAUCAGCAUGGAGCAAACUGAGUCCCAUGAACAUGUACCAGGAGCACUAGAGGGGAAGGGACAGACUUGCAAGAGAGGCUUGUCAUUGUGGGUUCAGGAGACAGGGGUUCCUUAGUGUGGAGGAGGAGAAAGAGACCAGCGCUUCAAGCCCUGGGUCUCUGCUGUAGCCGCCUUCUGGCAUUAUUACUGUCUUCCUAAGAACAGGAGCCCCACGGUAGCCCCUUAGUCACUCUCUGCAGGUAAUUACUGAUACCUGCUAUGGCUGGCUGGGUUUGCUCUAGAGCAGAGGUUCUCAACCUUCCUAACACUGCGACCCUUUAAGACAGCUCCUCAUACUGUGGUGACCCCCAAGUAGUAACUUGUUGCUACUUCCUUUUUGUUUGUUUGUGUUUGUUUUUGUUUUUCCGGACAGGGUUUCUCUCUGUAGCUCUGGCUGUCCUGGAACUCGCUCUCUCUGUAGACCAGCCUGGUGGUAGAACUCAUGAGAUCCACUUGCCUCUGGGCUCAAGCACUGGGAUUAAAGGCGUACAUCACCACCGCCCAGCUUCUGUUCCUACUUAGUAACUUCCAGAUGUUUGCUGCUAUCCAGCCAGGACUAGCAGAGGGGGCCCAGUACCUGGGGAGCCUGCCUCCUGGAGUAUGUCACCCGGACCUCCAACCAGACAGUAAUUCCAACUUCGUGGAGAGCGCUAAGGAUGCUAAUAAGAACUGGCAUGGUGUGGAUCCUAUUCUGAUAAGAAGCUCCUCUGAGUCGCCCUCUGAUAACCGGGUCUUCCAAGCCACUGGGCUCCCUGAGGCCGGAGUCCGCAGUCCCCCGGAGGGUGCAGAGAUCCCUGGUGCUGAGCCAGAGAAGUCGAGUGAUGCCAGCAGCGUCUGCUCUCCUCUGGAGGACAUCGGCUAUGCCAGCAGUUCCUUGAGCAUCAGCAGCUUUAGCAGCAGUGCAGAAGCUGGCUGUAGCACCCCUCGAGGUCCAAGCCCCCUGGAUCCCCUUCUGCCCUCUGUGGCCCAGGCCGUGCAGCAGCUGCAGGCUCAGGAGCGCUACAAGGAACAGGAGAAGGAGAAACACCAUGUGCAUUUGGUGAUGUACCGUCGCUUGGCGCUGCUCCAGUGGAUCCGGGCUCUACAGCACCAGUUGGUUGACCAGCAGGCCCGACUGCAGGAGAGCUUUGACACCAUCCUAGACAACCGGAAGGAACUUAUCCGCUGUCUGCAACACAGGGAAGGACCUUGCAGGCACCAGGACCAGGGCUGAGGGUGGGCACAAGUAUGUUGGCAGGCUUCUGUGUGGUUAUGCACAAGUAAGUAUGUAUUAGUUGGCAUGUGUGUAAGUCAGCAUAAGUGAAUAUAUAUAUAUGCUAACAUGUAAGCAGGUAUGUAAGGCAUGUGUGAACGAACUUGUGUGUGUGUUACAUGUUGCAUGUGUGUUUAUGUGUGCAUAUGUGGCUAGGUACUCAGGAAUGUGUAUAUAUAUAUCUAUUCCCAAAUGUAGAGGCAAAAGAUAGGUAUGCAUGUGUUAUCAGUUUAAACGUGCAGGCUUGUGUUGGGGUGUGAGUGACCCUCUGUGUGUUGAGAUUUACACGUUCCAGUUCUGGCCUAAGAAGCACGUGCUAGGAACGUGUGUAUUUGCAGAGACUUAAGAGCAGGUGUGUGUAAAUAGACGUUCAAUCGCACCUGCAGGGCAUCCAUCCAUCCUGUGUUCCCAAAGUCUACCCCAGCCUUAUCCGCUACUGAGUCUCACAGCUUCCUGGAGAGAAGCCUACGUCGCUGUCACUUAUCUGAGGGCUUUGGGUGAUCUGUUCUCCUAGUGUUUCCCAGGCUCUCUUCCCUGUCCCUUCCCCUCAGGCCUUGCUCUAAGACAGCUGUCCCUAAUGUUGGCUUUUUCCUAAGAGUUUUUAUUUGGGGGUGGUUACUUUUUGUUUGUUUUACUUAUUAUAGUACAAAGGAUUGAGCCCAGAGCCCUGCGCACGCUAAGCAACUGUCCUAGCACUGAGCUGCACACCCAGUCCCAGAUCACAGGUUUAUUGGCUUUCCCUGUGCACAUUUUUGGCAUCUGGCCAGGACAGUUUGAGGGAGGCAACUGGCGUAGUGGUGGAGGCUGUGGCAGGGGUGGGGGAGUGGAGAUAAAGAAGUUCAAGGACAGCUAGGACCACAAAUAGAAACCAAAACGAAAGAAAGAAAGAAAGAAAGAAAGAAAGAAAGAAAGAAAGAAGGAAAGAAAGAAAGGGUCAUUUUGAACCCUGUCUUCGGCUCUGUAGGGGUUGGGAGUGGAAGAAAAUGUCUCUGGUAGAACUCUGUGAAGAACAGGAGAAUUCCAAAACACCCCAUCCUGCUCCACUGGGAGGAGGGGCUGAAAGCCAUACUGAUUUAAGCCUGUUGACUGGGACUGUGCGUAUAAGCAAGCAGGUCAUAGACCAGAUGGGCCAAGGCCGUGGGGAGUUGGGGGUCCUGCCUUCUCUUCACCGCUCCCUCACUCUGCCUGCCUGGCGUUAGCAGCAGUGAAUGUGCAGUUGGCUUGGACAAUGUUUCUGAAUCAGACUGUCCAGAGAAUAGAGCUCAGCUUCCCAGGCGGUCAGAGGACAGGGUCAGCCCAGUCUCCAGAAGCUCUUAGGAUAUGUGUCCCCUCGGAAUGGGGAUUGGCAGGCCCUAGGGAAGCUUCAUGCGGUGGAGAUAAAUGUGUAUGGGGGUGGGUCAAUAGUUAAGGUCGCAGAGCUCUUUGUUUUGUUUCUGGGUUCCGAAGUAAUGCAGGAUCCUAGUGGGUGAAACAGUGACUCGAAGGAGGAACAGCAGCAGGUGACAGGGACAGCACUGAUGCUGUGUCUGGCCCUCAGUCUCCCCACCUGUAAAGUGGGGACUCUUCCGCACUCUCUCCAAACAGUCCCAUCCUGAGUGGGUGGGUGAAAUGUGGGCCCUGAGGACUUUUAUACUGCUUGCACGUUGAAUGUGAACCUGGCCUCUGGACCAAUCCAGUAUAAAUAAACUAAGGCGAGAAAUUAAA